AUGAUACGUCAACUAAGUUAUUGGUCGAGGAAAGCGUAUCUCAUUUAUCCUUUUCAAGUCCUUGUCGGUGCACUAAUAUCGAUACUAGUAUCUCCAAAAACACUGGAUCAUCAAAAGAAAACACAUGUCCUAUUGAAAUCUUCAAAUCUUUUCAAUACAAUCUUUGCAUAUAAAGCGAAUCAAUUAUGGCCUAUAUUAUUCUUCAGUUUGGCUUUUCUACAAGUAUACUUUCAUUAUCUAGCAAGAAUGGAUGUACUACCCUUACCGAUAUCAAGUUCUCAAACUAGGCCCUCCUAUUUGACCUAUCCUAAUCGUUGGCUUCUGCUCAAAAAUAGAGUAACUAUUAUUAUGAUUGCUCAAUAUGCUUGCAAGUUCAUUCUAAAAUAUAUGUUGUUGUUUUUGAGUUUCCAAUUCAUUGAUCACGUCUUUAUUUGGACAGGAGGAGAAUGUAGUUCUGGUAGUGGAACAAGAUCAGCCGAAAAAUGUCGUCUAGAAAACGGGAAAUGGCAUGGUGGGUUUGAUAUUAGUGGACAUUUUUGUUUUCUUGUUAAUAUCAGCAUGAUUCUCUGGAUGGAGCUACACAUGUUUUGUAGAUUUAUUCAAUCUGAAGAUAUGGUUUGGGUUGUAAAUAAAUGGGUACGAGCUUGCCUUGCUGUCAUUUGUACUGUACUAAUAAUUUGGAUAUGCAUUCUCUGGGUCACCGCCAUUUAUUACCAUACCAUCUUAGAAAAGAUCUUAGGUUGCCUUAUGGGGUACAUAUGCCCUAUUUUCAUAUACCAUAUUUUACCAAAAAUUGAACUACUACACAAUUACAUACAUAUAUGA